AUGAAUAGUGACGUAACAAAUUACUCAGUUAUCGGGCGAAUAGGAGAAGGCGCACAUGGUCUCGUGUUCAAAGCGCGUCACCUACCCUCGGGCCGAGUUGUCGCUUUAAAGAAAAUUCUCAUAAAGAACAUAGACGAUGGAAUACCCAUUAAUGUAUUGCGAGAAAUCAAAGCUCUACAGCUACUGCGGUGCAAAUAUGUAAUAAAGAUGUAUGAUAUGUUCCCUCGAGGUAUGAGCCUCGUUUUAGUUUUGGAAUAUAUGUGCUAUGGACUUUGGGAGAUGCUACAUCACAACCAGGCAGAGUUGACCUUGCCACGAGUGAAAACUUACGCCCAAAUGUUGUUGAAAGGAACGCGUUAUAUGCACGCUCAUUAUAUUAUGCAUCGGGAUUUAAAACCGGCUAAUCUUCUAAUCAAUCAUGAAGGAAUACUAAAAAUUGCAGACUUAGGACUCGCCCGUUUAUACUGGCCCGAUGGCGGUCGACCUUACUCUCAUCAAGUAGCCACACGAUGGUACCGCGCACCAGAACUACUAUACGGCGCGAGAUAUUAUAGCGAAAAUGUUGACUUAUGGUCUGUGGGAUGUAUCAUCGCUGAAAUAAUUACGAAACAACCACUUUUUGCAGGUGAAUCCGAUAUUGAACAAUUAGCAAUAGUGUUGCAGCGCUUGGGCACACCGACCGAAGAAACGUGGCCGAAUCACUCGGAACUACCUGAUUACCACAAAAUAACUUUCCCGGAAUCAUUACCAAUGUCAUGGAAUGACCUCUUACCGGGUGUAGACGCUGAUGCUGUACAUCUAAUUAAAUCGUUUAUACUAUAUGACGCUCAAAAGAGGAUUUCAGCCAAGGAGGCCUUGAGACAUCCUUGGUUUCAAAAUUGGCCAUUACCGGCAUCCUUACACGACAUGUUAAAGCCAAGUGUGAUAAAACCGAAAUAA